AUGCGACCGACUUUUUCGAUACAAUCCAGUCAUAUUGAAAGCAGAACUCAUCAUUUGGUGAUACGACACCCAAGAAAUCGUCGUGUACCUGUUCCCAUUGGACCUUCAUUGCCACGCCGAGACCGUCCGGAUGUGAAACAACGCUAUUGUCGACUCAUGCUAAUAUUGUUUAUGCCGUGGAAUGCGCCAUGUGAUUUACUGAGAAACUGCUCUUCGUGGUCAGAGGCAUUUGAAGAGUUUCUCCACGUAUGCUCACCUAGGUUUCACUAUGUUAUGAAAAACAUGCAGAUUUUGCAUGAAUGUAGAGACAGUCGGGAU